AUGGUGCAGUGGUUAGAGUGUUGGACCUGGGGGACCAGGAUGCCAAUCCCCAUUGAGCCACGGAGAUCACUGGGUGACCUUGGGCCAGCCUCGGUCUCUCAGACUAAGCUACCUCAUGGGGUUGUUGUGAAGAUGAAACGGGGAGGGGGAGGGGCACCAUGCGAGCCACCAUAGGAGCCAACUCAUAGGGGCUGAGGUCCCUUCAGGGCCCCCCGAUAAAAUAUUUGAGGGUUAUUAUGGGCCCCCCAUAACUGAGGGUUAUUGAAUGGACAUUGCCAUUCAAAUGGUGCGCAUGCGCAGUAUCCUGUGAUGGAUUAUGUGGGGUGGGGCUUACUCCCCCAUAUUUUAUUGAAGUUGGCACACCUGCCGGCCACCUUGAGCUCCUUGGCAGAUAUAAAGGUAAUUAACUAAUUAAUUAAUUAGUGGAAGGACUAGAAGAGGCCCCGCUGUCCCCCUCCCCCCCAAGUUCUCCCUCACUCCGCAGCGUCUCGCCUCUACCCCGCAGCCCCCUCCCGCAUAGAUACUCUGGAGGAAAGCGCAGCGUCUGCACUGGCAGCCAAAAUCGCUCUGGAGCCUCUGGGCACUUGGCGAGCGCAGGGGGUGAAGGAGCUGCGCCAAGCAACAUCCUGGGUAAAAGAAAAGUUCGAAACACAAAGGGACAACCGGGCGAGUUCAGCGAGACUCCCCACACCUAUCCGGGGCAGAAGGAGAAGGUAAGCGGGUAUUUUUUCUUGGAGAGGACCAGAGGGAGGGGUUUUGUUUUCUGGAGAUGUGAGCCCAGGGCACUCCGGAGUCUCCCUUUUUGCGGCGCUGCGUUUCCAGGCUGCAGAACCGCUUCCCCCUUCGACCUCCCCCGACAGACGGACGGGAAUCCAGCGCUGGGAUCGAUGCCUCGCUGCGAGAUCCCUUGGUCCGGCGGCGGCGCCAGGGCGGAUCAAUGGGCGGGCGCCCGGCCCCGGGACUGUUUGCUCGCUUCUUAGCGCCCUGAACCCGCCCGGGAAGGAGGCGAGGUUUCAGCCGCGCGGCUGUGUUUGCAUUUCUCUCUUUUCUUUUUUCAAAGCGACGGGUCAAAGCCCCGUCCAGGCACCUCGGGGCUCUAGCGAGCUUCCAAGCAGUCCUCAUGGAGAAAAGAGCCCUAGCUCCGACGAAGGGGGUGUCCGGCCGCCGGUCCCAGGUUUCACCCCUCUUAGCCCCGGAAGAGCCGGGUCUGAAACCCGGCGGACGAAGGGAAGCCGCUCCCAAUGCACCCCAGAAUCCCUCUCCCCUCCGACGUGGACCCGGAAAAGUUGCACGAUCCGGACGGCGGGGAAGCCUAAAAGCUGAAAGUCAGGACUUGGCUCGGACUGGUUCAGCACCCUGGAGAGCUCCGCCGUGGGCAAAGGGUGGCGAGGAGACGGCCAAGUUUUUAAUAAUAAUAAUAAUAAUAAUAAUAAUAAUAAUAAUUUUUAUACCCCGCCCAUCUGGCUGGGUUUCCCCAGCCACUCUGGGCGGCUUCCAACAGAAUAUUAAAAUACAAGAGUCCAUCAAAUAUUAAAAGCUUCCCUAAACAGGGCUGCCUUCAGAUGUCUUCUAAAAGUCUGGUAGUUGUUUUUCUCUUUGACAUAUUUAUUACUACUACUACAGUACCUUGUCCUAGCCAAAGAUUAUUGGCGUUGUCCUCCUUGCUCAUUUCUGCUUUCUGCUUAUUAUGCUUAUUAUUAUUGGUGGACUACCAUAAAAUCAUAGAAUUGGGACCCCAAGGUUCAUCUAGUCCACCCCCUGCAAUGCAGGAAUCUCAACUAGAUCAUACAUGACAGGUAGCCACCCAACCUCUGCUUAAAAACCUCCAAGGAAGGAGAGUCCACAAUCUCCGGAGGGAGUCUCUUCCACUGUCAAACAGCUCUUACUGUCAGGGAGCUUUCCCUGAUGUUUAGUCGGAAUCUGCUUUCUUGUAACGAAACCAUUAGUUCGAGUCCUACCCUCCAGAGCAGGAGAGAACAAGCGUGUUCCCUCUUCCAUGUGACAGCCCUUGAGAUAUUUGAAGAUAACUAUCAUAUCUCCUCUCAGUCUCCUCUUUUCUAGGCUAAACAUACCCAGCUCCUUCAACUAUUCGUCAUAGGGCUAGUAGUUCGAGCUCACCCAGGGAUGGCUGUGGGCAGGAUUCCUGCAUUGCAUUGGGUUGGAAUAGAUGAUCCCCAGGGUGCUUUUCAACUCUAUAAUUCUAUGACGCUAUGUCUUGCGGUGGGGGGCUGUCAUCCUUUAUUUGCCCCCUCCCCUUCUGAGAUCCCUUCCUGAUAAGUGAAGAGUCUAUUUAUUACUCACAGCUUCCCAUACUUCACUGUCUGGAAUUUUAUUUCAUUUUUUAAAUAAUAAAAAAGUGGAAAGGGUUUUUGAAAGGAAUCAGGAAACAACCGGUGCUCACCUGGAAGCGUUCCAUUCUUUUUGUUAACCAUUGAUUGCAGUGGGCUUCCUUCCACAACAUUACAAUAAGGAAGACCACGUCUCAGUGGCAGAUCUUGGAGACUCAGAUUUCAGCAGCAUGCAUCCUGUUUGAUUGCAAAAUUCAGUACCACCUGUCUCUUACAUUCCCACUGCAACCGAACCAGUAACUUGUCCCCUAAAUCCACCUCUGCACAUCUGUAUACAUUUUUAGGCUGCCAAGGGAGGAGGAGAAAUGAAUCAGUCCAGUUGGCAUCAAUACUUUCUUAGGUAAUUAUUAUUAAACUUCUCAUGCAGCAGAUACAAUCAGAAACCAUUUGUCUCCUGAGUAGUCGCUUACCAUUGGAUCCAGACUAAGUUUAAUUCCCCCUGAAUUCAAUGUGGCUUGGAUUAAAUUAUGGCUAUCUUACUCUGGAUUCCAAAUCAUAGACUACAAUGGAUCAGUUCCAUAUAUACUAGUAGGAGGGUGAGUGGCAGACAAUAUGUGUUAAUAUUCAUCAGCUCAAACUGGCACACAGGUUACCCAUCAAACCCCAAAUGGUGCUAGGCCAUCAGGCAUUUAAUUUAUAUAUUUAACAUAACGUAUAUAUCACAUGGGUGGCACUGUAGUCUGAACCACAGACCCUAGGGCUUGCCGAUCAGAAGGUUGGCGGUUCGAAUCCCCGCAACGGGGUGAGCUCCUGUUGCUCGGUCCCAGCUCCUGCCAACCUAACAGUUCGAAAGCACGUCAAAGUGCAAGUAGAUAAAUAGGUACCACUCCGGCAGGAAGGAAAACGGCAUUUCCGUGCGCUGCUCUGGUUUCGCCAGAAGUGGCUUAGUUAUGCUGGCCACAUGACCCAGAAAAACUGCGGACAAACGUCAGCUCCCUCGGCCAGUCAAGUGAGAUGAGCACUGCAACCCCAGAGUCGUUCACGACUGGACUUAACUGUCAGGGGUCCUUUACCUUUACCUUUUUAUAUAUCACUUGAUUGUAAGAAAACCUCUGACCAGUUUACAAAAAAGGCACAAUGUUCAGCUUUACAAAGCAGAACUCUUUUAGCUUCUCAAAAAAGCCAAAAGAACAACCCACCCUAUAUUAUUAGAGAAUAAAAAAAACAAAAAAACAGCAGCUAUCACAUUUCUUUGGGAAGUUCCAAUGAAUUUGGUACAGCUUGCAGCAAGGGUAGCCAAUAUGGUCCUCUACAAAUGUUGUUGAGUUGUAACUUCUAUCAGCCUCAGAAAUGUCCAAUGGUCAGGGGUCAACAACAUUGAGAGGACAUCACAUUGGCUAUUCCUUGCUCUUAUAGUUCAACUGACCCCCAAAUCAUUUGUUUGGUUUUGAUAGUCCAGGGGCUGUCAACAUAGUGAGCUCCAGAUGUUACAAAUUACAGUUCCCAUCAUCCCUGACCACUGGCUAUGCUGUCUGGGGCUGAUGGGAAUUGUAGUACCCAGGGAAGGCACCAUGUUACCUCUUCCAGUGUUAGACUGUGCACCCAAGUGAAUCUGUUUAAGAUUACAGGCUGGUCAACAUAUUCAGGAGAGAGAGAUGGGAGGCACCAUAGGAUUUAAAGCAAUAAAAAUGCUAAAACUAUCACUUUUAAACCUAACCUUAACCCAUACCCUAUGCAUAUUUGCUCAGAAGUAAGUUCCCCUGCGUCCUUUUAGACUUAUUCCCAAGUGAAUGUGCAUAGGAUCACAGCCAUACAAAAUUAAGGAUUGUGCUCAGUUGCUUUGGCUGUGUACCUGUGAAAAGACUUGGAUGCCUAAUCAAGAUAGCUUCAUUAAUUCUAGUUGCCGUCACCACAGCUGUGCAUUAAAGUCACUCCAACAGUGCCCCUGAAUUAACGUCGUUCUCAUUUCUUCUCUCAAUACAUAGUCAAAGUCCCUGCAACAUUGCUGGGCAGAAGUAUAUGUCAGGGAAGCAAAGCCCUGCUUGCUGCAGAGGCACAGCCGAACCCUUUUGUUUGGCAACUUCUCCCACCCCCCAACCCUAAUACAAGUGCCUUUCCUCCACCCAUACAUUGGAGUGUGUGGUGCUCCCAUCCUUGCGUCAGAGCUGUGCAAACAGAUGACACUCAACCAGACUAUUUAAGGAGCAGCAUUGAAGGGCUCAGCUACAACCUCGAGCCUGCCUCUGUUCUCUCGUGCACAGCUGCAACCUGCACCUCAUUUAGAAGGUAGGAGAUGAUGAUUUCACUGAGAAACUGCCUUUAGAGUGUGGGGGGGAAGGAAACAGCUAGUGGCUGGCUUCUUCGCUUCAUUAUUUUUUUUGUACUAAAGGGUUUCUCAGACUGCGCUGAGUUUUUCUUAGAAACUGUAAGAAUUAAAUCAGCGAUGGUCUUCCAAACUGUUGCAGGCAGCUUCACAGGCACUUUGAGUUUAAAAACUGUUCCUCUCUGCCUUUCUUAACCUUUUACUAAACAUGUACAGGGUUAAUUCACUGCAUUUUGAGGAAGCAUCUUGGGCAACAAAACCGAGUUUUCAGGCUGUUGCUGUUUUCAGUUACAGCUCCUGCUGGGUGGUGGUGCCUGUGCUAAACCAAGAGGCAAUGUUACAGUAACUUUUUAUAUGGAGCAGGCUGUGAAAUCUCUUUGAAAACCCAAACCCAAAAUUUAUCAGACAGAAUUCAGGUGUCUUUUAAAAGAUCUGAAUGACAUUUCUACAUGCAGUGAAUCCUAUAAUGAUUACUCUUCAGAAAUAAGCCACAUUUAAUUCAAUUAAACUUCCAGGUAAGUGUGCAUAGGAUUUUAGUGGCAUAUGUGUUAUGGGUGGGGUGCUGGAAAGGUUGUAUAAUUUGAAUUUUAGUCUCUACACCAUAAUAUUAGCAGCUGGGUUAUUUAAGUAACACUUUUUCUUUAUUUUCUUUUUUCGUAUCUCACUUGCAAUUUGUUACUUGGAGAUUGGGUGUUGGCACUGCUACCUUUUUAUCAUGACUGCAGAAGAGUCUCUGCUGAAUGAUUUUGGGGCUGUAAUUUCUUUUUAAGUUUAAGGAGCUUGGUGAUUUUAGCAUGUAAGAGACAUCUUGACACAUUCCAGCCCAAUGCAAGCAUUUAUGUUUUCUUGCUGGGUUAAACCCAAACAAAUGGGACUUAUUUUUAGGUGUACCAUAUUCUGAUUUCUCAGAUGUAUGUGAAACAGGUGUCGUAUUGAAACCUAUAAUGCAUGUGAAUUUAAUAGAUCUGUCAAGUUGUGGGCUCUGCACAAAAGCAAGUGUUCACUUUACAUUUCUUACCCUCUCACAAAAAAUAUCUUCAGACGUGUCUACUUCACUCCCUCAAAGUAUCCUCACUCACUCACACGCACGCACGCACAGCAAAAGCAUUAGUUGUGUAUUUCACACACAUGUAUUCGGAAGGGACACAUAGCUAAGACUGCUUUAAUAGCAACCAAUACCUUUUAUUCUGAAAUCUUAUGCAUGUCUACUAAGAAACAGGUCCUGAUGAACUCAGUGAGACUUACAUAUGGUAUUGCAGCCUCAGUUACUCUGCCCGAUUCACAGCCAGGAUGCUGAAUAAAAGUUCUCUUUCUCAUAGGUGAAUUUGGCUUUUCUAGUUUUCUACUUACCAGAGUGCAAACCUGGAACUGGAACAGCGAGUAUACAUUUACUCCAGAUAAAUUAAGGCAGGGUACAGAAAGUGUAAUCUUGUGGUGUAGAUCCAUGCAUUCACAUUAUCCAGGAAGGAAGUCAACACCUCUUUGUAUUUUUUCCCUAAGAUGUAGAGAUGAUAUUCAGUGACUUGGAGCAACCAGAACCACGCUAAUAUAUUAAAUAUUUCGUUGCCUUUCCAAAGCAGAAUGUCUCGCUUUCAAAAGAGGGGAAAGUGCUUUCCCCUGCCAGCACUGCAAAAGGGAAAGCAAGGAAUGGUUUCAGCUGGUCAAAGCAGUUGGUCCCCCACCCAGUGAUUAACUGAUGAUCUUUGCUCAAGCUAUAAUCAACCAAGGGCAUAGAUCUCUAUGGUCUUUAGUCCCCAUGGGCAGUUAACUGCAUCUCUUCCUUGUCUAAUUGAGCUGCCAGAAUAUUUGUUGGUUUGGAAGUAGACUAUGGGGGGGGGUUUGCGUGUGAAGGAGCCUUUUAGCACCCUUGACAACCUCUUCUCCCUUUUCUUCCCUAGCUAUGUACAGUGGGGUCUGCAUCUGCCUGCUCCUGGCUGCACUGUCCACAAGCUCCUUGGGGCAGCAGACUUCAGGAUCCCACAAUGCCAAUCCUGUGGCUACUGAUCUCGAGAAGAGCUUGCUGGAAAACUACCGGCAUGUCCGUACUCCAGGCUCUGGGAAAUCUAUCCAGCAGCUGGACGGCAACGUUGACCCAAAGGCUAACCUGGGAGCUCUGCUGGCCAAAUAUCUCCAGCAAGCCCGAAGAGGUAUCUUUUGAAUCAUUUUUCUACCCAAGUGUACUAUGUCAAAGAAAUACCCCUGUAAAAUUCAACAUGUGAAUAGCUCCAAAUGGAAGGCAGGGUGACCUCUCCUACCAUGAUUAUUUUUUUGCAAAGCCCAGGUUGCAUCUUGUUAGUCCAGCCAGUGGAAAGGGCUCUUGUUGAUUAAACAGGUCAAUUAUUCAAUGCAUACAAGAGUGGCUGGUGCCUUUAAAAGAGGGGUGUACAUGUUUCACCUACUCCGACAAGCCUUAUCACACCCUUGCUCAGUUUCACCUGCAGAAAGUGUCAAUCUGACUCUUCUCUGCUCCGCCAAUGCAAGCCCUUCCGACCAGCAAAAUAGAACCUCCUUGUGCAGUAGCAGUCUAUCUCUAAAGAUCAAAUUCUAGAGAGAGGCAAUAGGGCAGGGUUAUUUCCCUUCAUGCCAACGGAGUACAAAUCAGAGACAUCAUCUGAGUCCAAAUGACUCUCUUGAAGUUUCAUUUGCUGUUGCAACAUUCAUCCUAACAAAGGCAAACUAGAAUUCUAGAAUUGUAGGAAGAGACCCUGAGGAUCAUCUAGUCCAACCCGCUGCAAUGCAGGAAUAGGCAGCUGUCCCAUAAGGGGAUCAAACCUGCAACCUUGGUGUUAUCAACACCGUGCUCUAACCAACUGAGCUAUCCAGCUGAUAAGGCAGAGAACAAGCAGGCUGUUAUGUAAGCAGGGAACAGGGCCAGCCCAAGAUAUUUUCCCACCUGAGUUGAAGGAUGAGAUGGUGCCCCCUCCUCGUUCUGCAUUCAGUAGCUGACUGGACUAGCAGUUGGAAAUGGGCCGUGCGGCAAAAGCAGCUCUGUUCUCCAGCAAAGGGGAAUGGUCCCUCUAACUUUUGCCACCUGAGGCAGUCGCCCCACUUUGCCUAAUGGUAGGACUGUCUCUGGCAGGAAGCAGAGAAUAUGGGAAGGGGAUAAUAUGGCAGCUAAGAGGUAGCCCAGAGAAGGGUGGCUGGGGGUGAUGAAAGGUCAGAGAAGACCUCUGUCUGGGCAUGAGGUGUCUACCCCUACCUUGUGGAGCAGAUCAACUUGCCUUCCCCUUGUCUGGAAGGCUCUGUCCUUCCUUCUUCUUCAGAUAACUCCCUCUGGAAACCACUGCCCGGCAGAUGGUGCUUAAACUGCCUGGAAAAUACCUCGGGGCUUUCCCCGAUUCUGCGGUGCCAUUAGGUAAUUCUAGACUCAGGACUUAAUGGCUGUGUGUGUAUUAAUUCACUUGCUUCAAAAUGUGGCAAGCGAGCCCUGUGUUCAGGACAAACCUCCAGGGCUUCACACAGUACGGGGAGAAGGAGGAGCUUUGACAACAGCGCAGCCCUGGACUUGAGCAGUUGUCUGGCUCUCAUUGAGCAAGUGAGCCUCAGUCCUCAGAGCUGUGCUGUUCCAGAGUGUGGCAACCAACCUCCCAGUGUAAAGAGGGCUUGGACCAGGCACACAAUUUAGGGGAUGCAACAGGCAACAUCCAAUGUCCAAGUGGGUUAGGCAGCCUGCGUCUUAUCCUUAUUUUGCAAAACUGUUCUACAUUCCGCACAGAGAUGCUUCUACAACACUGGCCCUAACUAAACUAAACUAAACUAAACUAAACUAAACUAAAAACUAAACUAAAUCUGCUCCUUCCCUCUUGACCAGAUAUGUGUAUUGCCUGCAUGGCUACAGAUAGUAAUUAGCAUCUUGGUUGUGGUGCUUUGCCAACAGAGCAUCAUCUGGCAUGGGAUAGACCAGUAUGCUCCCACAUCCAGGGGCUCGAUAGCUCUGAUGAGUAAAGGCCAUAGAUCAAUGUUGGAGUGAAUACUUUGGAUGUAGAAGGCUUCGUUCAUGGCAUCACCAGAAACUUGUCUGGAACCCAGGCAAGAAACUCCUGGGCAGUGUAGACAGCCAGCCAAGGGCUACCUCUGUUGGUAGAGCGUGAGACUCUUAAUCUCUGGGUUGUGUGUUCGAGUCCCACGUUGGGUGAAGGAUUCCUGCAGUGCAGGGGAUUGGACGAGAUGAUACUUAUGGUCCCUUCUACCUCUAUGAUUCUAUUAUUCUAAUACAGAGCUAGCUGUGACUUUGUAUACUCGACGUGUUCCUUUGACCUCAGCCCAGUUUUGUAUGUGGUUAAGGCACCACCCCAUAGUCCCUGCAUAUACAGUGGAACCUCGGUUGUUGAACGUCAUCUGUUCCGGAAGACCGUUCGACUUCCGAAACAUUUGACAACCGAGGCGCAAAGGGCUGCCAGCAAGUUCAGUGGGGGGAAUUGAGAAAUGCGCCUUGGAAGCCAUUCAGCUUCUGAGGUGCGUUCGAAAACAGAAGCAAUUACUUCCGGGUUUUCAGCAUUCGGAUUCCGAAUCGUUCAGCUUCCGAGAUGCUAGAAAACCAAGAUUCCACUGUAUAGAGAGGAGGAAGAUGAGGGGGACUAUUUUUCUGGGGAAAGAGAUGUCAGAACCUACCACGAAGACCUCCCUCAUUCUCUUAGAAUAGUAAUGACGCCCACUUCUGGUUACAAGACUCUUUUGUUGGUAGAGUGUAUGUGCUUCUAUUAUUUCGAUAGUGAGCAUGUACUCCCCUUUCACUCUUUAUUUUCUUGUUUUCCCCAAGGUGCUUCUGGAAAGGUCUCUGUGAUGGGAUUGCAGAGUUUUGACCCGACGCACAGAAUAAGAGACAGAGACUACAUGGGAUGGAUGGAUUUUGGACGCCGGAGUGCCGAAGAAUAUGAGUACUCUUCUUAGAGAGCUUCAAACUAUGCUUAAAAGAAAUGAAAAUCAAGUCCCAUUUCUGUACAGGGUGGGGGGGGAAAUUAUCAUCCUUUUCGAAUCAGUGUUUUAAAAGAAAACAUAUGUAUUUGAUGUAAAUUUGUCUGUAAAACUAUACAAUGCAAUAUAUAUUAUAUAAACAUAUGCAGAAUUUUCCAGAAAAAAAAUACUAUCUUUCUCCUAUAGUUUCUUACCACUCGGUUGUAGACAUAUUAAAAAGUAUUUCAUUCAUCCCUCUGUCGUCUGAUCGCCAGAAUUGUUGAUGUGUGUCACAAUCACUGCAGAAGGAAAAUACCCUCACAUCUUUCAUACACUGUUAAUUUUCCAAAGGAGCACGUUAUAUAUACCAAAAAAAUUGCUACGGGCGUUAAGAGGCAAUCUGUCCAGAUAUCAACAUGAAAAGCAUUUUUCAAUGGUUAUGAGAAUCCAUUUCAAAUUUAAUUCUGACAAAUCUCUGGUGAAUAGAAUGAGUGCCUCAGCAGCAGCUAAGCAUUUUCACCUUUCGGUUCUAUGCCC